GUACGCUGGCAAAGGAAAGGAAACAUAAGUCUCUUGGUGUCCACAGACAUCAGAAAAACAACAAAUGCUUUAACAUUUAAAUUCUCACCCGGGGAGACGUGGGAGGAGAAUAACCUGUUUGCAGACUCCGAUGAAGCCACUCUGUUCCUGGGUGUCCUUGACACCAUCUUCCUGUUUUCCUACGCCGUGGGCCUAUAUAUGAGUGGAGUGAUCGGAGACCGCAUGAACCUCCGAUAUGUCCUCUCCUUUGGUCUGUGUGGUUCAGCCAUAGUGGAGUUUGUGUUUGGUACCUUGACUGAGUGGCUGCAGUUCUAUAACAUCUACCUGUACUGUGGCCUUUGGGUUCUGAAUGGCCUACUGCAGUCUGCUGUCUGGCCCUGUGUGGUGGCAGUCAUGGGGAACUGGUUUGGCAAGUCAGGGCGAGGUUUUGUGUUUGGCCUGUGGAGUGCCUGUGCCUCUGUUGGGAACAUUCUGGGCGCAUUCCUGGCAUCCAGUGUUCUCAAGUAUGGAUAUGAGUAUGCCUUCCUGGUCACUUCAGUGCUGCAGUUUGCUGGUGGGUUGGUGGUGUUCUUUGGUCUGCUCACCUCCCCUAAAGAAGUGGGUCUGUGUUUGGAGUCAGAAACAGGUCUGAGUCCAGUGGAGAGAGAAACAGACAGCCGCAGGCCUCUGAUGAGUGAUGAAGAGGAUGAGGAAGAGGAGGAGGAGGGAUCGGAGGAGGUGUGUGACAGAGGGUACUACACCAUCCAGAAGGGGGAAGAGGAGCCGGGGGAAACACCCAAAGCCAUCGGAUUCUGCCAGGCCUUCUGCCUGCCUGGGGUGCUGCCUUAUUCCCUGGCGUACGCGUGUCUGAAGCUGGUCAACUACUCCUUCUUUUUCUGGUUGCCCUUCUACCUGAGCAGGAACUUUGGCUGGAAGGAGGCCCAGGCCGACAGGCUCUCUGUGUGGUACGACGUGGGGGGCAUCAUAGGUGGUACGAUCCAGGGCCUGAUCUCCGACUGCAUGGGGAAGAGAGCUCCAGUGUUAGCCGUCAGUCUGCUGCUGGCUAUGGGAGCCCUGGUGGGGUACAGCCACUCUCCUCCGGACCAGGUGGUGAAUGCAGCUCUCCUGGCCACCACAGGUUUCUUCAUAGGAGGACCGUCCAACAUGAUCAGCUCAGCCAUCUCUGCAGACCUGGGGCGACAGGAGGCCCUCAGGGGCAGUCAGGAGGCUCUGGCUACCGUCACUGGCAUAGUGGACGGGACUGGGAGUAUUGGAGCUGCAGCGGGACAGUACUUGGUAUCUCUGAUUGAGAGCAAACUGGGCUGGAUGUGUGUGUUCUACUUCUUCAUAGUCAUGACAGGGGGCAGCAUAGUCUUCAUUUUGCCGCUGAUCAUGACUGAGAUUCGGGCCAUGUGGAGGGACAGACAGGCACGGACACACCAGCUGUGAAGCCUUCCUAAUGGGACAAUGUAGUUUCCUACUCCUUCCUUAUGGGGCCUACUGCCUGUCAGUCAAUCAGACUAUGUCCACUGAUCACUACUGUAGAUGUAUGUACAAUAUGUCUAUGAAUGUGUAUGUCCAAUCUAUGUAUAUAUUUGGUCUGAAAUGCGUUUUUUAGAGAUAUUACUUCAGCACCUUUUACGAGUGGGGGCAGGGCCCUCUCAAUGUUUGUGGUCUGAGAUAGGAAGUUCCAAGCAGCUGUCAAUCAUUCCAAUUCCUUUACCUGUUUACUGGAGUGUAUAAUGAUUACUCUUAUAGAAUGAUUGGAACUGAUCAUUUGCUCUUAGAAGAGAUCAGAUUUCAAAGACGAAGUCCAUCACUCACUCUUAGGAUCUCACAGUCACACGUCCACUUGGUGGAUUUUCAGUCAUUACCUGUAGCACAUACUGUAGUCAGUGACCACGUUUACAUGCGCACAGUAUUCUGGAUAGUAGCUCAUAUCCCGCAUAAGGUGUUAUUCGGGAUAAGCUGUUUACAUGCACUUCUGAUAUUCCGCUCACGAGUAUCCCUGCGCCGAUUAAUAAACAGAAUAUUCCUCAUUUUAAAUUCAUAUGGGUUAAAUAGUAACUGAAAUAUGGCCUAUAACCUCUCACAUGUAACGUAAUAUAAUAUUAACUCCUGCUGAAUUAUGCAUUUCUUGCAGGAAAAUGAUACAACAAAUGUUAAUUUUGUCUCGGGAAAAGGAGUGGAGAAAUGUGAUUUAUUUAUUUCGGCAUCUCUUCAGAAAAUGCGAGUGUGUGUGUAAUGUGUUAUCUUUGACACUGUUAUGCAAGCAGACAGUAUUUCAACCACACAAAAUAUGCACCCAAGGCAAAUUUAAGUCUUAUCAUAAACGUAUUUCUCAGCUUUUCAUUUCCUUAAAACCGGUCAAACUGAUGACAUUUGAACAUUUUGCACAGGACCAAACUUUCCACUGUUUUUGGAAUCUUUCCACUGUUCUCCCCGAUCCCUAAAUGAAAUACAAUUUUACCGAUGUUAACUAGAUUACUAAUGCAUUCAUUCUAUCGAUGUAAGACAUUAUUCUGGUGAGCACUAGUUUAUUUAGUCUUCUGGGGCAACAAGUUAUGACAGAAGACAACCUGCAUGUAUCUAACUAUAGUUGACAAACAAAUGGCCUACCAAAUGUCUGAAAUUAUGAACAGAAAGUUGGCUAAAUUAGGGGUGAAAUUUGCCAGUAGGCUAUACAAUCCAGUACGGAGUAUCAGUAAAAUAAAUUAUUAUGGGAUUAUGGUGGAUCGAACUGCACAGGUAGCCUACUUUUUGAUGUGAUUUGUUUGAUCACACGACACCCAUGAUACUUGAGUACCCAGAUUAAUAACGGAAUGUUGGUGUGAAUGUAAACGUGGUCAGUGUAAACGGUACGUUUGCAGAUAAAGUUUUUAAGCAGCUUUUUUAAGUCUUAACGGUCAGUAAACAUUAACUGCACGCCUCUGAAAUAGUUUCCUCAAGGGAUUUAUUUAUUUAAAGAACAGUAAGAUUACAUCAAUGUAUAAAAAAUAUUGUCACAUCAUGUCUUAUCAAAAUGAGUUAAAGGGGUAUACUGAUUUUAUUUACUGUAGGUACAUAAAUAAAAACGGUACAAAUAGUUAUCCUGGUUGGACUGGGAUCAGUUGCUAAAUUACUGUAGUGGUUUUAACCAAGGCCACAAGUGCAUUUCAGCUGGUCCAGGACCGGCUAAACUUGAUUAAAUGGAAUGUGUAUUUAAUUGUAUCAUUGUCGAAUGUAUGUUUUUAAUCUGUGGUAAAUGUAAGUUUGUUUUCCAUAUGUGCACUUUAAAUUAAUGUUUUAAUGAG